GUGGCCAUCAAGAAUGAGAAGCUGAAGGAUAGUGGGUCUACGUUUGUCAAAGGUUUCUAUAGAGUCCUGGCGAAGAUGGCUGGCGCUGCCACUGAGCAAGCACAUAUGCCCAGUGAGUCAGUGAACAAGGGCGUCCUAAUCGACCCCUCUGCGGGUGAGACAUUGGCUGUGCUAGAUGCGCAUAUGAAGAUGACCACGAG